CUCAACCUGUCCCAAACCCUAGGCUAUGCACUCAAGACACAGAAGAAAUUAACGACGCAUAAGAAAACAAGGAAAAACCCUAGCUUUAACUGCACAAUUCACAAUAUAGACUUAGUUAUAAUGAUCUUCCAAUUGACCUGAUCACAAUUUGAGGUAAGCUCUCGCAUACCUCUGAAUCUCUCAUUCUCUCAAAUCCAUUUGGGGUUGUUCGCUGUUCAUCCAAAUCUUUAAACCCCAGAAACAUCUUCUAGAAAGCCCAGAAGUAGAAAGUUGUUGGUUUUUCUGGGAAAAUUUUGUUCCUCCGAUAAAGUGCUGGGAAGUAGAGGAAAGUCUUCUUUUUUGGAUUUUUUUUUAAAAGAGCAUGGAUGAUUUAGAGAAGGCUAUACUUAUAUUGUUCGAUGUAUCGGGUAGUCUUGAUGAUGCUUUAAAAAAGAAGGCCAAGGAUUAUUGUGACGACAUCAAGGAAAAACCUUCGAUUUGUAGUAUUUGUAUUAAAAAAUUAUGCUUUUCGAGCCUACUGGAGGUCCAAUUUUGGUGUUUACAGACUCUUCAAGACGUUAUUAGGAUCCGCUAUGCAUCAGUGAGUCUAGAUGAGAAGUUUUUCAUCAGGAAAUCAGUAUUUUCUAUAGCGUGUUCGGAGCCUGUCGAUGAUAAGAAUGUUGCCAGGCUAUUAGAGAGUCCUGCAUAUAUAAAGAACAAGUUUGCUCAGGUUUUGGUUACUUUGAUUUAUUUUGAGUACCCGUUAAUUUGGCCCUCCGUGUUUUUUGAUUUUUUAUCUCAUCUGAGCAAAGGGGCCGUGGUAAUCGAUAUGUUUUCUCGGAUUUUGAAUGCUUUGGAUGAUGAAUUGAUUAGUUUGGACUAUACACGAAGUUCAGAAGAGAUGGUGGCUGCAGGGCGGAUUAAGGAUGCAAUGAGGCAGCAGUGUGUGCCACAGAUAGUGAGAGUGUGGUACGACAUUGUGUCAUUGUAUAGGAAUUCUGAUCAGGAACUCUGUACUAGUGUAUUAGAGUCUAUGAGGCGGUAUAUAUCUUGGAUCGAUAUUGGUUUGAUUGUGAAUGAUGCAUUUAUCCCACUAUUGUUUGACUUAAUUUUGGUGUCGGAACAUCUCCGUGGUGCUGCUGCUGCGUGUUUGUUGGCAGUGGUUUCUAAGCGGAUGGAACCACAAUCAAAACUUUCGCUGUUGCAGAGUCUUCAAAUCAGUCGCGUUUUUGGGUUGAUUGCUGACGAUGGUGAUUCUGACUUCAUUUCAAGCAUUGCUGGAUUGCUUAGUGGGUAUGCAGCAGAAGUUCUAGAAUGCUUCAAACGGUUAAAUUCUGAGGAAGAAAAAAGUAUUUCAAUGGAGCUUUUGAAUGAAGUCCUGCCCUCAGUUUUCUAUGUAAUGCAGAACUGUGAGGUUGAUGCGCCAUUUAGCAUAGUGCAAUUUCUGUCGGCUUAUGUUGGCACAAUGAAAAGCCUCUCUCCUUUGAGCGAGAAGCAGCUGCAUAAUGUUGGUCGGAUACUAGAAGUGAUCCAUACCCAUAUUCGUUAUGAUCCUACGUACCGCAAUAAUCUUGAUGUAUUAGAUAAAAUUGGAAAGGAGGAGGAAGAUAGGAUGGCGGAGUUUAGGAAGGAUAUACUUGUGCUGCUUCGUAGCAUGAGUCGUGUGGCUCCUGAUGUCACCCAGAUAUUUAUCAGAAACUCAAUAGUUAGUGCUGUUGCCUCCCCACCCGACAGGAAUGUUGAAGAGGUGGAAGCUGCAUUAUAUCUUUUUUAUGCUCUAGGAGAGUCAAUAAGUGACGAGUCUAUUCGAACUGGAAGUGGACUUUUGAGUGAGUUGGUGCCAACAAUUAUAUCAACAAGGUUUCCUUGCCAUUCUAAUAGGCUAGUAGCACUCGUGUAUCUAGAGGCAAUAACACGAUAUAUGAAGUUUGUUCAGGAGAAUGCCAAAUACAUUCCUAUCGUUUUGGCUGCCUAUCUUGAUGAAAGAGGUAUACACCAUCCAAACAUCGAUGUGAGCCUACGGGCAAGUUAUCUGUUCAUGAAGGUUGUAAAAUUGCUGAAAAUGAAGCUUGUGCCUUUUAUAGAGACAAUUUUGCAGAGUCUGCAAGAUACAGUUGCUCGAUUUACAAGUAUGGAUUAUGCAUCAAAAGAUCUUUUGGGAUCUGAAGAUGGUAGUCACAUUUUUGAGGCAAUUGGUUUAUUGAUUGGGAUGGAAGAUGUACCAUUGGAAAAGCAAUCCGAUUAUCUCUCCACAUUGCUCACUCCUCUUUGUCAACAGGUUGAUGAAUUGCUCAAGAAUGCAAAAUUAUUGUCUCCAGAUGAGGCUCCUGAAAAAAUUGCUAUUAUCCAGCAAAUAAUCAUGGCAAUAAACUCUCUCAGCAAGGGCUUCAGCGAGCGCCUUGUAACUGCUAGUCGUCCGGCAAUUGGUCUCAUGUUCAAGCAGACACUGGAUAUUCUCCUCCAAGUUCUUGUUGUAUUUCCGAAGAUAGAACCCUUGCGGAAUAAGGUCAUGUCGUUUAUACACCGCAUGGUGGAAACUUUAGGAGCAUCUGUAUUUCCAUACCUCCCAAAGGCAUUGGAGCAAUUGCUUGCAGAAACUGAGCCAAAGGAGAUGGUCAGUUUUCUUUUGUUACUCAAUCAACUUAUAUGCAAGUUCAACACACUGUUCCACGACAUAUUGGAAGAAGUAUUUCCUGCUAUUGCUGGGAUGAUAUUUAAUGUUGUCCCAAGAGAUGCAUUUCCUUCAGGACCUGGAACCAAUACUGAGGAAAUCCGUGAAUUGCAGGAGCUUCAACGAACAUUAUAUACAUUUCUUCAUGUGAUAGCUACACAUAAUCUUUCUUCCAUUUUUCUUUCCCCCAAAAGUAGGGGCUACUUGGAUUCAAUCAUGCAGUUGCUACUGUACACAUCUUGUAAGCAUUGGGAUAUUCUUGUAAGAAAGGCGUGUGUUCAGAUAUUUAUUACAUUAAUUAAUGACUGGUGUACCAGGCCUUACGGCGAAGAAAAGGUGCCUGGUUUCCAAAAAUUUAUGAUUGAGGUCUUUGCAACAAAUUGUUGUUUGUAUAGCUUGCUUGAUAAAUCCUUCGAGUUUCGUGAUGCAAAUACUCUUGUUUUGUUCGGAGAAAUUGUGCUUGCUCAGAAGGUCAUGUAUGAAAAAUUUGGCGAUGAGUUUCUUAUUCAUUUUGUAUCAAAAGGUUUUCCAGCUGCACGUUGCCCUCAAGAUUUGGCGGCGCAAUAUUGUCAGAAGUUGCAGGGUAGUGAUAUCAAGGCAUUGAAAUCAUUUUACCAAUCACUCAUUGAAAACUUAAGGAUGCAGCAGAAUGGAAGCCUUGUUUUCAGAUAGCAUUUUCACUAUCGAUGAAUGUUAAAAGAGUAUUCCCAAGCUUCAUGUAUUCGUUUGGUUCCGAGUCGUGGCGAUUCGUUUUUGUUCAGCAAAGGUAACUAAAACUGCUACAAUGAUAUAACAGGUCACGUUCGUUGUCUGUACUCAAAAUUGGUGAAGUUGCAGGUUCUUUCUGUAUAUAACUUUUGUGCGGUAUUGUGGACGAGGGUAUAUCUGUAUAUUUUAGUCCUUUAUUUUACUCCUUUCCAAUUCUUUCCGCAGUUGUAAAUUUUCUUAAUUGUAAGUAUGGCAACAUCUAUCAGUGUGGAGCUGCUUAACCCGA